GAGCCAAACUGCCACACCGUCGGAGGCCAGGUCAGAUGAGCGUGAGGGUCCCUGGAAAGUGAGCUACUGCCCACCGCAAGGGGGCGCCCGCUCCUCGCGGCCGGCUCCGUCAGCCACAGACGCGCGCAGACGCUCCGAAGCAGCAGUCGCUGUCCGCGCUCCGUGGUGCUGAACGCAAAGCCGCGCGGUGGUCCGAAGGAAGGGAGCGGAUUCAUUCGGCACUGCUGGGAGCUUUAGGAACUGUCCGCCUCCCGCCGGUGCUGAAGCCCAGCGGAAUCCCGGACCAUUCCUUCUGCAGCAGAACCAGAUCUCCCAAUGAGCAACGGGAUCCCCAACAGGAGACGAUGCUGAUUUAGAUCAAACCUGGUCGCUGGGCUUUGACAAGCCGGCCAAGCUCAAGUCCCCAUUUUUUUUCUUGCCUUGAUCCUAACUCUUCCUCCAGCAACUUCCUCCCCUCCUCAACACAGCUAGUCAUGGCUUUCAUGGUGAAGUCCAUGGUUGGUGGGCAACUGAAGAACCUCACCGGCGGACUGGGAGGAGAAGAGAAAGGAGAAGGGGAGAAAUCCCCAGCUGAAGCCCAGGGGAUGACGAAGGAAGAAUACGAAGAGUACCAGAAGCAGCUAGUGGAAGAAAAAAUGGAGCGGGAUGCCCAGUUUGCACAGCGCAAAGCAGAACGAGCCACCCUGCGGACCCAUUUUCGGGAUAAAUACAGACUUCCCAAGAAUGAAACAGAUGACAACCAGAUCCAGGUGGUCGGGGGUGACGUGGAGCUCCCCAAAGAGCUGGCCAAGAUGAUUGAGCAGGACAACGAAGAGGAGGAGGAAAAGGACUCUGUUAUCGGACAGCUGACCAGCAUCCAGAACCUGGACCUGGAUUCCCUGAAGGACAAGGCCCAGGCCACGCUGGACGACCUCAAGCAGUCCGCCGAGAAGUGUGCCGUCAUGUGACCCAGCUGUUGCUCAUCAGCAGAAUAAACCCCUCCCCUCCCCAAGUUGUAAAGUGUGUCCCAUUGUGGGGUGGGCUGUGGGCACAAAAGGGGAGCGCAAGGGUGCGGGUGGUUUAUUAAAAUUAUCCAGCAGGCUCCUGUCAAGUUUGUCUUCCCCACCCAGGUGUGUGUGGGCUGGAUACCCUUUUUCUAAACCACCGUCUCUUCCCUGUGAAAGAUGUCUCAGUCCUUUCCGCCCCAUAAGUGAAUGUGAGGUGUGUCUGGAAGUCUCAGGUUCUAGAACAAGACUCCCCUCAUCCUCCUCCCCCCACAGCAGGGUGAUGCCCAAGUGCUGCCUCUCUCUCCUCCCCCCCCCCAUCUUUCCCCAGGGCUGACUCAAGCCCUUUCAGCAGAGCAGGAAGAGAGCCAUUUGCCGUUUCAGGACUACGGGCCUGAAUGUGGGCAAACUGCCCCCACAAAACCCUCUACCUUACGUAGAAGAACCAUUUUUUGGCCUUCGCUCAAGUUCAAAUGAAGGAGAUGUGAAGAAAGGGCUUGGCUGCAGGUGGACGUUUCCGUUCCUUUCGGCUUCGAGGAACAGAGCUUGUCACCAAUCAAAAUGACGCCCUUGCUUCCUUUGUGUCUUCCGGGGACAAGGCAUGGAGGUGUAGACUCUCCUUCCCACCCCUUCCUCCGACACGAAACCAUAGCAAUACGGAUCAGACAAUGACAAUACUUUGCACUUAAUGGCACCACAGAUGCUUUACAAAGGAAAGCAGAGUUGUGCCCCCAUUUUACAGGUGGGGAAAACUGAGGCCCCAGUGUAGCCCAGUUCUUUGCCCGGGCCGUACAGUGUGACAAGGAUGGAAGCUAAACUGGUUGGUGCUCAAUCCACUGAAGGAAAUGGCUGCCCUGUGAGUGUGACUUGUUCCAACUCCUUGUGUAGUGCUACGUUGUCGUGGGACCUCUCACCGUCCUUGCUUCUAACAAGAGGAGAAGGGGGACAUUCACCUCCGUGUCAUGAAUGUGGCAGUCAGUCUGUAUGUUGUGCCGUGACCAUGCAGUGCUCCUGUAUGAGCCUCUACCUGCCGUGACACCCUCUUCCCAUGGUACUGUUGAAAACUGGUGGAAUAAAUGACAAGAGUUCUCUAUGCA